UUUCAGAAUAUAUAUAUCAUACCGGUAGCAUACAUAUUGAUUACAGAGCGUUACGAUUGCUGGCUAGAAGUCAAGAAACAAAGUUUAGUUGAUACUUAUUUAUUGUUGUGAUGAAUCAUGCUAGUGAGAAGUGAUUUGAGUAAUUCCCACCAUCGUCUCCGUCUUUGUCGCCUUUGCUUCAUAUAAAAGCAAAAUGACAUUCCUUCGGGAUUAUGCUAUCAGCCUUGCACGGCAGCGACGGAUAUCAUGGAUAAUUUUAUUCAUUAUCUACACYACAGCAGCCUGGUCAUUGACAAGCCAAAGAAUCRUUUCCGUUCCRCUCGCAGCUAGGACGCCUGCAAGUUUCGCAAAUUCCGCAGAAAGAGUCAUGCACUACAGCCGAGGUCCGAUAAUACGAGGACACCGUUCAGUACGAUUAUCAAAUGCAGGUCAAGGACGACCCACUUCMACCGCAUCUUUUAGCAAAAGCAGCUUGCUAUUUUCGGACCAAGAUGAUCAAGAGGCACCCGACUUUAAAAUCAAUGAUUCAGAACUUAUCGACUCUCUGAUUCAAGCCCGUACCACCAGGGAAGUCGAAGUAAUAUUGAGAAAAUCUUUGCCAUCAGAUGAUUUGAAUCAGAUGGAUCUCUUUCCAGAAAGCGUAUAUGGGGAUAAUGAAAAAAUUGACUUUGACGUGGAUAGCGAUACUGGGAACAUUUCAUUUUCMCGUCUUAGUCUCAAUGCAACAGCAGCGAUUUUGCGUCGAAUGGCACAUAUAUCGGUGUUCGAAGCUCGCUCAGAGCUCGCGAAUAGCAACRARCUCAAAACCAUGAAAAURAAAGUUUCAGAUGAAGCCUCACAGAAKUUCUCAAAAUUACAAAAGAAAAUGAUAGCGAGCCUCUUGGAGGCGAUUGGGAUUAAGCUUAUGUCGCACCGGUCAUCUCUGUCGCACUCAAAAGCGACAUCGCAGCGUACCAACGAUCCACAGGAACGUCCAGGGGUAUAUCCCUUAUCGGAUGUUCUACAAGCUCUAGCAGUUUURGCUCCCGACGAAGCAAAGAAGAAAAAGAUGAAACCGUUCGCUGUUCUCGUUGUAGAAUUUCUGAAUGCGCACGAGACUUCAGAACUCUACCGACUCGGACCGAUAAGACUUGUCCAAUGUCUUCAAGCAAUGGCAAAACUAGAAAUCGACCAUCCUACACUUUACAACAAUAUCUGCCAACGCCUCCUAAAACCAGACGCUGUUUCGAAAAUACCAGCUCGCUUUCUUGCACAUGGCCUAUCAGCCUUAGCAACAUUUCAGACCAGAAGAUCACGCGAAAAAGCGUCGAAUCCGUCCACAGAAUGGGCACUUGGUGGACUAAGAGAAGACAGCAGUGAGGAAACAAAUGAAAACGAUAACRCUAUCGAUAAAGAUACCAUGCGACUUUCGAGGGCAUUUAUGAGACGUUUGCGCAAGCAAAAGGUUGCCAGAGAGGCUACAGUCGAAGAUAUGUGUCGUGCUCUGGUAGCGACCCGUGACUUGCUGGAUCUUGGCGCUAUGGCGAAUAUGGAAGACGAGGCCGCAAUAUUUGGAUUUACCUGUCUUCGUACCAUUUUAGAGACCAGGAAAACUUCAGAGAGUGACAGUUCUCCAUCAUCAUCACCCGAAUCACUUUCUCUCAAUCCAAUACAGGUGACGAACAUGAUAACUUCAUGGGCGAGUUUGAGUGAUCAAAGCCGAGAAGAUACGGUUAUCGGAGAUCUCUUACAGAUAUGUAUAGAUGAUGACAUUAUCGAMGGAUGCAAUGUUGCACAAUUGGAGCGCAUUAUACAGUCAAUACGRAAGUUGAAUGUUGCCAAUCAUGCAGAAGUCACAAGAUGUGUCGGGGAACGACUCAUGAUAAUAGUAGAAGACAAUGAACACUCCAACUUUCAAGAUAUUUAUCCCACGACUGUKAACGAAAUUUUAAGAUGGCCCGUGCUUGUUCACAGAAGGAAUAACACGGUUAUGGAGCCCUUCGUUAAUGCAGCAUCCCUUCUCUUCAGCAGAAAAUCAUUCUUGGAACAAAGUUCUGUGAAGGAAAUAGCCAACUUUCUUUGGUUUCUAUCGAUUGCGCGACGAUUCGACGAGAAAAUUCUGUUAAACAUCGGACACUGCCUAAUGGAAGACAAGAUGGUAGACUCUUGCUCUCCGAAGAUUGCAAGCCGAAUUCUUGCCACAUUCACCUCUUUGGUAGUCUCGAAGGAAAAGCUCAAGUCAGAGUCACUAAUGGAGCUAAAACAAGAUCUCUUCUACAACUAUGGCGGACACCUGUUGUCGUCUAAAUUGUCCUCGGCAGAAACCUCUUCGGCAUUGUAUGCUUAUGCGAAAGCAAAUUACGUUCAAGACAAAGGUGUUUUCGAUCACUUGGUCGAUCUUUUGGCAUCAUCCAGACAUAGUUGUUCCUCAAGACAACUGUCACAGACCCUGUGGUCUUGUGGGAAAAUGAUUACUUGGGAAAGGCAGGAAAUGGAACAAAUGGAUGAUGGAAAUUCCGAAAUGGAAGAYCCUCCUUAUCUUGAAAACGCUUUGAGCAUUGCAAAAGAACUCUCUGGCAGGGGCGACGAACUUUCUCCCGCAGAUGUCGCUCAAAUCUAUUGGGGAAUCGGAAGGUUAGAAAUUCAUGAUGACACUAUGAUGUCGCUGUUUGCAAAUCGAACAGCAGAAAUCUGCUCGUCGAUGAAUUCCAUUGAACUAUCGAAUGUCCUUUGGGGAUUGGCAAAAGUCCGCUACAGUGAUGGGAAGCUUAUCGGAAGCUUAUCAGAGCGACUGACGGAAGACGACAUCAUAGUAUCGUCUCCUCAAGUGGCAGCCAGCAUUAUGUUUUCCAUGGGUAGGCUGCGAUGGAAAGACGAAAUCUUGUUCCAGAAACUAUCAUCAACCAUGAUCGAUCAYAUCGAGGAUGUUAAUGCCCAAAGCAUCGCCAAUACGCUUUGGGCGUUCCGAGCUGUMCGUAUGAGACCUCCCCGAGAACUAUUGGACACGUGGGCCAUAACAAGACUUGGAAUCGUACCUGUUACGAAUCAGCCAGAGGCAAAAUGAAACGUCUUGGGUCAGUGAAUUAAGUCUAACCGCGGGAAGAGGACGAGCAGCAUCUGAGCACAAAUGUGCGGUCUAAUAACAAACCAACCUCGAGAUUGAGGUAGAUAGAACAAAUUUUGGGCCAGGUCCGAAUUUUGUCGAGAUGGAAAUUUUUUUCAGAUGCUGCUCAAACGCAAGAUCAAAACGGAACAUUAGAGAUGAC